AUGUUGCAGUUGGGCAGGUAGGUAACAAUAGAAGUAAGGGAAAAAGAAGGGAAAAAAAACUGAAAAAACCAAAAAAAAAUGAAAGGGGAAGAGAAAGAGAGUAACUGCCAGGACUCACCGGCGGUUGGGGGUAGCUGUUCCGGAGGUGGUGGGGAUGAGUUGGAGUUGAUUGUAGCUGAGUCGGAACUCGCUGGCGGCGGUUCUGGGGGUAACAGUAGAGUGAAAGGACCGUGGUCGCCGGAGGAAGACGCGGUGUUGAGUAGACUGGUGGCGAAGUUUGGGGCGAGGAAUUGGAGUUUGAUCGCACGAGGAAUUCCGGGUCGGUCUGGGAAAUCGUGUCGGCUUCGUUGGUGUAACCAGCUUGACCCUUGCCUUAAGCGCAAACCUUUCACUGAUGAGGAGGAUCGUAUCAUAAUUUCAGCUCAUGCAAUCCACGGCAACAAGUGGGCUUCAAUUGCAAAGCUCCUGCCAGGUAGAACUGAUAAUGCAAUUAAGAACCAUUGGAAUUCUACAUUAAGACGCCGAUGCAUGGAGCUAGGUAGGUUUAAACCAGAACCUGCUGACAUGAUGGAAGAUGGCAGCCUUGAGAGAACAAAAGCAUCCUCAGAAGAGACACUAUCGGUUGGAGAUAUAAACUCCUUCAAGCAUUUUGAAGGAAGAGAUGUCGUGAUGGAUGAUAGACCCAACUUGCAAGUAGACAAACCACCAAUAAAAGAGGAUCAAUCUGCUGCUGAACCAAAGGACCAUCCUACUCUUUGUCGUCCCGUUGCCCGUGUUAGUGCAUUCAGCGUUUAUAACCCUCCAAGCAAUUCUAGAACUGAAUCUGGGAUGUCAAGUACAAUCCUUAUGCAAGGGCCUCUGGCUCAUGCUUCCAGAUCAGACUGGCGAGUUGGCAAAAUCGUAGAAGAUCUUUGCAGUGAACCUGUCAUUCCUUUGUGUUGUGGGUUUGGUUGCUGCUCAACUCCUUGUGGGGGUCAUUCUCAAAGUUCAUUGUUGGGGCCUGAGUUUGUUGACUAUGAGGAGCCCCCUGCCUUUUCAAGCCAUGAGUUAAUCUCCAUAGCAACUGAUUUGAAUAAUAUUGCAUGGAUAAAGAGUGGCCUUGAGAACAGUUGCGUUAGGAUACCAAGCAACACAGCAGGUCAGAGAAUGCCUCAGGGGGCCACUUCUAGCAUGCAAAUAGGGAUAUCAGAUCUAUAUGUAAAGAGUGACCAUAUGCGCUUUGAUGAUGGACGGAGCAAGUUGACAGGCAUGACGGCGGAAGUUAUACCAACUCAGAUGCCUAAACAAACUUUUACAGUGCGAUCUGAAGUGGAGGGUUUGAGCUAAAACUUAUGGCUAGUUUUUUUUUUUUCCUGUCGUUUUUUUCAUAUUGGAGGGUAUAGAAUGGAGUAUUGUUUUGGUUUUCUUUUUGAUUAUGCAAAACUCAAUAUUCGAUCUUAUGAGGAGGUUACUUACCUCUAGCAAAGAGAUCAUGAAUUUUGGUUAGCAUAUAGAUGUAAAAUAUGUUGAGAAUUUAUCCUGUCAAGGAAUGCAAUAUGUUCACAUCAGCUGUCAGUUUGUCACCA